GACGCAUUUAAGAGGCAUAUAAGACAUUGUUGAGUAGGGUGCAGCAGGGUGCGGCACAGAUGCGGCAAUUUCCUAAGGUCCCACCGCCACCUAAUAAACGUACGGCACACCUCCCGAAGCCAAGAGUUCCACGAUACCUUUCAACCCACGCGCGCGAUGGUGCGGUGGGAAGACAGCGCAAACCUCUCUAAGUGCAACAAUGAAGCAGCAAAUGCAAGACGAACCAGCCCCGCUUGACGUCGAAAACUACCCCGUCGCACCAAAAGGGCUGGACCUGGAGCAGGUGCACAUAUACGUGAGACAUGGUGAACGUACGCCCGUCAGAGUGCGUAUGUCGGAUCCUCCAGCAUCCAUACCAGCAGAUUGGCAGAUGUGCAACACUGCGAAAAGCUUUCACGAGACCGUAGCUGGACUCAGUCCUACCGUAGAUGACGGACUGUGGUAUAAGAAAGUUGUCGAGAACAGGCAUGGAAAAACGUCCGAGGGAUUAUGCCUCCUAGGAGAGCUUACGGACGUUGGAAAACAGUCCACGUAUUCUUUCGGGACAGCAUUGCGAAGCCUCUAUGUAGACAAAUUGAAAUUUCUUCCUCAAAAGCUCGAAGAUGAACGUUUGACUUACUUCCGCUCUACGAACAUCGCGCGGACGAUUGAAUCUCUGCAGCACAUAGUCCACGGAGUGUAUCCUCCGUCUGCUUGCGCUCCAGGUACGAUACCCUCUAUCAUCAUACGUAAUGGAGUUGACGAGAACCUCGUCAGCAAUACCUUAGCCUGCAAGCGACUGGCGCUCUUGGAAUUGCAGUUUGCUGAAGUUGCUGUUGCUAUCUGGAAUUCGCGUUUAGAACCGUUGGAUAAGAAAGUCUCCAAGUAUAUAGGCGGUAGGCCAUUACGCCUUGAUGGAACUCCUCGAGCUUCGGGGAUCCUUGAUACAGUACGCUCAGCAGCUGCUCACGGGUUCCGGGUUCCACCAGAAUUCUCGGAAGAUAGCGUCAUUGGUUUAAUCGAAGCAGCUGUAACAGCCGAGUGGUUUGACAUUUUCAAAUCAGAAGAAGGCCGCCGACUAGGAAUGGGUCGUCUCCUCGCAGACGCCUCAGAAAAAAUGCAACGCAAGAUCCUCAAUUCCAAAGAUCCAACAAAACUCCUCGUGCACACCACUCACGACUCGACGCUCGCAGCGUUGCUCUGCACAUUCGAUGUGUUCGAUGACAAGUGGCCACCAUUCACUUCAUCAGUAACAUUUGAGCUCUUCCGAAAACGGGCCGCAGAUACCCCGGGCCAGCGCUCGUUUUCAUCAUUUUGGAGACAACGGGACGAGCAUUAUGUCCGUAUGCGUUACAAGAACACGAACAUGGUGCUUCCGAUGUGCGCCGCAGAGGGGAAGCAUUUGCCUGGUUCGCCAGAGUUUUGCACGUUGGAGGCGUUUCGGCGGAGGGUGGAAGAGUUGACGCCUAGGGAUUGGGUUAGGGAGUGUUUUCCACGGACGUGAGCGUGUGGUGCUGGUGUCGUUGCUGGCAUGUCAUUUAUUAUUUUUAUUGUUGCAUAUUUUUGAGGAAGAGAGUUUAUUUAGACUUAGGUUUAACCUUUGCUUGCCUCACUAGAACGACACUAGAAAUCCUAAUGCUCUGCCAUACCCUCGACUGACAUCCAUGUCUUCUGAGAAGACCCACCUGUCCUGGCUAUUACUAGUCCGAGCAGCGAAAUUCGUCGACGAUAUUUCCUGCACGCGCAUUCUUGGCUAUCUCUAAAACAUCCCAUGCAAUCAUAAUAUUAAUGUUCGACGGACCCCUGAUCCAUUUCUGUUUAAUUUCAUGGUUAUACGGUACGCGUCCCUUAACCAAAAUAUUCAAAACAGUCACCAAGUAUAAUCAAGUCCUUCGUGCUUCUUGAA